CGGGGGUCCCGGGGAAGACCGGGGCGGGACGUGGGCGGUUCUGGAGCCUGAGGAGCCCUCGGGGAUGGGGGCACAGGCAGGGGACCCCGGUUGGGGCGCACAAAGCGUCCCUGGGAGGGCGGUCCCGCUGGGCGGGGGGCGUUCAGGGGCACCCAUCCCACUGGGAUGGGGUUCAGUGGCGGGGGUUCAAUGCCCCGGGGGGUUCAGUGGGGGUCCGGUCUAGGGGGGCCUCUGAGGAGGGGUCUGGGGGUGCUGAGGGCCCUCGUGUGGGCGUUCUGUGCGUGUGCCCCCCGCCCCGGGUGGGGAACCCCCCGGGCUCACCCCUUGCUCCCACCGCAGGACGCGACCACCCCAGCGGGAGCGAGGGGACCCCCGGGAACUGCCGGCAGUGAAGAGAGACCCCCGGGACCACCCAGAACAAGAGCAGGGGGAUCCCCGGGAGCUGCCAGGACCGAGCAGGAGCAGAGGGACCCCCGGGACCGAGCAGGGGCGAGGGGAUCCCCGGGACCACCCAGGACUGAGCAGGAGCACAGGGACCCCCGGGAACACCCAGAACCAGAGCAGAGGAACCCCCGGGAGCUGCCAGGACCGACCAGGAGCAGGGGAACCCCGGGACCACCCAGGACUGAGCAGGAGCACAGGGACCCCCAGGAGCAGCCGGGGCUGAACCAGAGGGAUCCCCGGGACCACCCAGAGCCGAACAGGAGCACAGGGACCCCCGGGAGCAGAGAGACCCCCGGGAGCACCCAGAACCACAGCAGAGGGACCCCCGGGACCACCCAGGACUGAGCAGGAGCUGAGGAACCCCCGGGAGCAGCCGGGAUUAAGCAGGAACAGAAAGACCCCCGGGACCGAGCAGGAGCAGAGGGACCCCUGAGAGUAGAGGGACCCCGGGACCCCCAAGGACCGAGCAGGAGCCGCGGGACCCCCGGGAGCAGUCAGGACCGAGCAGGGAGCAGAGGGACCCCCGAGAGCAGCGGGACCCCCGGGCCGCCGGUGCUGCAGGCAGCAUGGCGCAGUGGCAGGAGGUGCAGAGCUUGGCCAACACUUACCUGGAGCAGGUGCACCAGCUGUACGCGGGCUCGGCGCUGCCCAUGGCCGUGCGCCAGUCCCUGGCGGCCUGGAUCGAGAGCCAGAACUGGCGCCAGGCGGCGGAGCCGCUCUGCUCGCACGCCCGCAUGCUGUUCCACUCCUUACUGGUCUUACUGGGAGAGCGCCUGGGCAGCCUGGGCUCGGACCGCGAGGAUUUCAUGCUGCAGCACAACCUGCGCAAAGCUCACCGCGACCUCCAGGCUGAGUUCGAGGAGAAGCCGGAGAGAUUCGCCAACCUGGUGGCCAACCUGCUGCAGGAGGAGCGGCGGAUCCUGCGCCUGGGGCAGGCGGGGGGGCAGGGCGGUUCGGCCCCCGCGCCCAGCCCGGCCCCGGAGAGCGGGCGGGAGCAGCAGAUCCAGCGGCGCUUGGCCGAGUUCCACACGGCGCUGCAGGAAGCCGAACGAGCCUUCAGGCACCUGGAGGAUUUGCAGGAUGCCUUCGACUUCUGCUUCAAGGUGCACUACCAGCCAGGUGAGGAGAGGGACCGGGACCCCGGGUACCAGCAGGAGCUCCAAUCCCUCCAGGCCAAACUGCAGAACCUGGACCGGCAGCGGCGGGAGGUGCUGGCUCAGAUGCAGCAGCUUUUGGGGCGCAGCGAGACCCUGCAGGAGCUGCUGCAGCAGGAGUUGGGGGGCUGGCGGGCGCGGCAGCAGCGCCUGUGCCUGGGGGGCUCCGGCGACACCAACCUGCGCCCGCUGGAGACCUGGUUCACGGAGUUGGGCCAGGGGUUGUUCCAGCUGCGGCAGCUGCUGCGGGCGCUGGGUGACCUGCGACAAAAGGUGACGUACGCCAGGGACCCGCUGGUGGCAGAGACGCCCCUGCUGGAGCAGAGGCUGCAGGAGCAGCUCACGCACCUGCUGAAGAGGUGGGGCUGGGCCAGGAGGGCUCCAGGGAAAGGUUCUUCCCCCCCAGAGGGUGGUGGAGAGCUGGGGAAGCUCUCCAGGGAAUGGUGACCAAGGGUGACGGAGAUCUGGGAGUGUUUGGACAGCAACGGGGUGGGAUUUUGGGGUGUCUGUGCAGGGUCUGGAGUGGGAUCAGUGAUCCUCAUGGGUCCCUUGCAGCUCUGGAUGACUCAGGAGAGCUCCAGGGAAUGGUGACCAAAUCUGACAGAGAUCUGGGAGUGUUUGGACAAAGCUCCCAGGCACGUUUUGGGGUGUUUGUGCAGGGUCUGGAGUGGGAUCAGUGAUCCUCAUGGGUCCCUUCCAGCUCUGGAUGACUCAGGAGGGCUCCAGGGAAUGGUGACCAAAGCUGAGGGAUCUCUGGGAGUGUUUGGACAACAACAGGGUGGGAUUUUGGGGUGUCUGUGCAGGUCUGGAUGAUCCUCACAGGUCCCUUCCAGCUCUGGGAAUUCUGUAAUUCAGGAGGUCAGGGAGGGUUUGGGCGCUGAUCUCAGAUUUGGGGGGAAAUUUGUGCUCUCCUGUGCUGGGCUGGACUUUGAUCCUGAUGGAUCCCUUCCAGCUCUGGAUGAUUCAAAAGGUCUCCAGGGAAUGGUGACCAUGGGUGACAGAGCUCUGGGAGUGUUUGGACGAAGCUCCCAGGCACGUUUUGGGGUGUCUGUGCAGGGUCUGGAGUGGGAUCAAUGAUCCUCAUGGGUCCCUUGCAGCUCUGGAUGAUUCAAAAGCUCUCCAGGGAAUGGUGACCAAGGGUCACAGAGCUCUGGGAGUGUUUGGACAAUGCUCCCAGUCCUGGGGUGGGAUUUUGGGGUGUUUGUGCAGGGUCUGGAUGAUCCUCACGGGUCCCUUCCAGCUCUGGGAAUUCUGUAAU